UUACAGGCUGUAGUUCCAGAGCUUUCGACUGAAACAGUUCAUCAGCUCAUGAACGAGCUGUAAGUGGAGUUUGAGUCCAGAUAUUUGAUGCCAACAGUUACAGGACCUCGAAAGCUGUGGAAAAGUUCACCUGCGCUCACCUGAGGGGGUUACUGAGGACUCACUCUGGACCCAGAGGAUCAACAUGGCCGCUCACACCAGAGGGGCCCGGUUCUUCAGGAGCCUGCUGAGCCGCUGCAGGACCCCGGGACCCCCGGGACCCGCUCCGUCCUGGACCCCGGUCCUGCGCCUGUCCUCCCGGCCUCCUGUGCCGGCAGCGGGCACCUGGAGCUCCGGGCUGUCCCGCCUGUCUCACCCGGACCUGUACCGGCUCUCGGUCACGGACCCGGAUCAGUUCUGGGGAGCCGCGGCCGACAGACUCCGCUGGAUGGAGCCGUUCCACCGGGUCCAGGACUGCGACCUGAGCCGCGGGAGGAUCCGCUGGUUCCUUGGAGGGAAGAUCAACGUGUCCGUGAACUGUCUGGACGUCCAUGUUGAGAAACAUCCAGACCGAGUGGCUCUGAUCUGGGAGCGAGACGAACCCGGCACAGAGGUGAAGGUCACAUACAGGGAGCUGCUGGAGACCACCUGCCGCCUCGCCAACACGCUGAAGAGCCAUGGGAUCCAGAAGGGUGACAGGGUGGCCAUCUACAUGCCAAUUUCCCCGAUGGCCGUGGCGGCCAUGUUGGCGUGUGCUCGUAUUGGAGCGGUACACACGGUGGUGUUCGCUGGUUUCAGCUCAGAGGCUCUGGCAGGGAGGAUCCAGGACGCUGAGUGCAGAGCAGUUGUCACCUGUAAUCAAGGUGUGAGGGGGGGUCGGCUCAUUGAACUGAAGUCCACGGUGGACUCUGCAGUGAAGAUGUGUCCGUCUGUCCAACACGUGUUUGUCUCUCAGAGGACACAACAGCCUGCAGUGAUGGGAGAGCUGGACGUCCCCCUGGAGAAGGUCAUGUCCCAUCAGCCCUCUGUCUGUCCUGCGGAGCCUCUGGACUCUGAAGACAUUUUGUUUCUUCUCUACACAUCAGGUAGUACCGGAAAACCUAAAGGCAUCGUCCACACACAGGCUGGAUACCUGCUGUACACCUCCCUGACUCACCAGUACGUGUUUGAUCACCGGGACGGAGACGUGUUUGGCUGCGUGGCAGAUAUCGGCUGGAUCACGGGUCACAGUUAUGUCAUCUACGGUCCUCUGUGCAACGGCGCCACCACAGUCCUGUUUGAGAGCACACCUGUUUACCCAAACCCAGGUCGAUACUGGGAGAUGGUCCAGCGUCUCCGGAUCACUCAGUUCUACGGAGCGCCCACUGCUCUGCGUCUGCUGCUGAAGCACAACGACAGCUGGGUGAAGAAGUACGACCGCUCGUCACUGAGGACGCUGGGAUCAGUGGGAGAGCCUAUCAACCAUGAGGCCUGGUUGUGGUUCCACAGUGUGGUUGGAGAUGGACGGUGCCCUCUAGUGGACACCUGGUGGCAGACAGAGACCGGAGGAAUCUGUAUCGCUCCUCGUCCUGCAGAGGAAGGAGCGCCGAUCGUUCCAGCGAUGGCCAUGAGGCCGUUCUUCGGCAUCGAGCCGGUUCUCAUGGGAGAGAAGGGUGAAGCAGUGUGCGGACCCUCAGUCUCUGGAGCGUUGUGUAUCCGUCAGCCUUGGCCUGGAAUGUGUCGUGGUAUCUAUGGAAACCACCAGAGAUUUGUCGAAACUUACUUGAAACCGUUUCCUGGUUGUUACUUCACCGGUGACGGGGCGUUCCGCUCUGACGACGGUUACUACCAGAUAACUGGUCGGAUGGAUGAUGUCAUCAACGUCAGCGGUCAUCGCCUCGGGACAGCGGAGAUAGAAGACGCUCUGGAUGAACAUCCAUCUGUUCCAGAAACGGCUGUGAUUGGAAUCCCACACGUCAUCAAAGGAGAAGUUCCUUUUGUGUUCAUUGUGUUGAAGGAUGAGGUUUGUGACGACCCCCUCAUCGUGGUUCAGCAGCUCAGAGACGUUGUUGUCACUAAAAUCGCGAAGUACGCCGUCCCUGAGCACUUCCUGGUAGUGAAGCGUUUACCAAAGACUCGCUCUGGGAAGAUCAUGAGGCGCAUCCUGAGGAAGGUCGCCAUGGAGACCACCGAUGACCUUGGCGACGUGUCGACGCUGGACGACCCCUCUGUCGUCAAGGAGAUCAUCGAGGCCUAUGAGCUGUACAGGAAGCAGAGGAACCAGGAAGAAGAAAAGAAGAAAGAGUGAGCUGAGCUACAUGUGUGUGAACAAUGUCACGUGGUCAGUUUCACAUGUGAUGAUGUUACUGACGUGAUGUCGUUUUAUUUGGGUUAAAUUUAGGAACGUAAACCAAACGACACAGACAAGUAAACAACAACGAAAAUAAAAUCGGUUGUUUUUAAUCUUAGAGAAAUCAAUUAACAUAAAAAAUAGUUUUCAUUUAAAAAUGUAUUACAUUUGUAUUUUAUUGUUACUUUAAUUAGAAUUAAUAAUUAAUUAAUGAAUAAUUUUAUAAUAGGUGUUAAUAUUUCAUCAAACACA